UCCAAGCCAUCUGUCCACAAGCAAGCUUAGCUACCUCGGCUCUGCUGCCAACGAUUCAAUUCGCGCUCGUGAGAUCAAGCGAUGAGGUCCGUCCUCUCACUGUGUUUUCACUUGGCUCUGGUGGCCGUAGCUGUUGCUGCCCUUGCUCAAGGGAGGCUCAUUGACCCUAAUCCAACACCACAGCCUGACCCAAAGCCGGAACCCAAACCAGCACCGCAACCUGACCUAAAGCCCACGCCUCGGUCCGAACCAUCGAAGCCAGAGCCACAACCAAGCCCUAAACCUACACCGGAACCCAAACCCCAGCCCGAACCAUCGAAGCCGGAGCCACAACUGGACCCUAAACCUACACCGGAACCCAAACCCCAGCCCGAACCAUCGAAGCCGGAGCCACAACCGGAUCCUAAACCUACACCGGAACCCAAACCUCAGCCCGAACCAUCGAAGCCGGAGCCACAACCGGAUCCUAAACCUACACCGGAACCCAAACCUCAGCCCGAACCAUCGAAGCCGGAGCCACAACCGGAUCCUAAACCUACACCGGAACCUGAACCUCAGCCCGAACCAUCGAAGCCAGAGCCGCAACCGGACCCUAAACCUACACCGGAACCCGAACCUCAGCCUGAGCCAUUCAAACCAGAACCUAAACCCCAGCCGGAACCGUCAAAGCCGAAGCCACCACCUGAUUCGGCCCCCGAUAGCAUGGCCAUGGAAGGGAACUGAGGAGAGGAGAAUGUCACUGAUCAAAGUAGUGCAUGCAUAUAUAUAGUAAUAAUAUUUGUGUGUGCGUGCUAUGUAGUACUGCUGUCUGUGCACGUACGUGUGCUCGUGUUUUCGGUGUCUCCAUCAUUCAGCGUGCAGGCACGUAUGUUGUGUUAAGUCUGUGUAUCAUCGAUGAAUAAAAGGAACGACCCUUCCAUGUGUACGUUGUUUCAA